AUGCCCUCGAAGUACACGAUGCUUAACGCGUCGAGGGGACCGCACUACCUCGAGCGUCGCGACGUUUACCAUCCCCUGGCCGCGCUGGAUGUCGCCGACAUGCAGGGGCUGAUCAUGCAAAUAGGCGUGGACUUCGCCCUGUACGGAAUGCAGAGCGCGCUCUCCAUCGCAGCCGUCGCUGUUCUGGCACGCCGCGAAGGCCCAUCUCGCUUCAUGAUGGGCGUAAUCCUUGUGCUUCUGGUAUCCUCUUUGCUUGGGGUCAUCAGCAAUGCGCUCUUCUACCUGGUCCAGUUACCAUGGGAACUUGGCACGUCAGUUCAUGACGUGAUGAGGCUGCUCGUCCGCCUCGACAUAAUGGGAACCGUCGCAAACAACUUCAACUACCUAGUGAGCGACGCAGUUGUCGUCUGGCGAGCGUAUAUCCUGUGGUCGGACAGUCUUGUGGCGAAAGGAAUUCUGCUCUCUUUCCUGACUGGAACGUUGGGUAACACGCUCGCGCAGCUCGUAUACCUCUACAUGCCCUCAUCUCCGCUCGUGGACUAUCAUAUAGCAAUACAAUCAGAUGUCAAGCUGGCGUUUCUCCUCGCCACCAACGUCGUUGCGACGGUACUGAUCGGCAUCAAAUUCUGGUACUACCGCCGCGACAUCAAGGGCGCUCUUGGUCUAUUCACGCGAAAGAGUCAAGUCGAGAAAGUGCUUGUCCUACUCCUGGAAUCUGGUAUCACGUACUGUGCCAUUUGGAUAGCCUACACGAUCAUUUGGACUGACGCGGAGAGACUGAACAUCUCGUACUACACCAGCGACACCUUUGGCUCCGCUAUUCACAACAUCGCUGGGAUUUACCCGACGUUCGUUGUCCUCGUCGCCAUGCAGAGUAACACGACACAAGAGCUUCUUGGCACGCAAGUAUCGCAAGCAAUGCGCUUUGCGGAUCUGCCCAUGAUGAGCAUCGCAAGCGAACCAGAAUCACAAGAAGCAAGUGCGAUGCGCGACCCUUCGCUUCACCUCGAGCAGACGAACGACCAGUCGAGCUAUACAUCCACCGAGGACAGCAGACCAGAUACAGCGGAAAACUCUGAUCACGGUGCAUUAGGGGAUGCUCGAAAGUCGAACGAAAAAGACAACGGGAUAGCGCUAACCUCAAUCUUUGGAAGGAGGGCGGCGGUGCGCCUCAUGGGCGAAAUGGGUCCUGCAAUGUCCGCGAUGAAUUUCUCACCCACUGCAGAUGAGUUUGCGGGCCCGCGUUCGCUGGCCAUAGUCAUCGGGCUGGAGUCCGGGCAUGCUCUCGUGCCUCCGGAGAUGACAGACGAGCAUCGCAAGACAAUCAUCACCAGCCAGCUGCGAGUGAUUGAUACCCUGUCCGUGAUGGCGCAGACAAUCCUGCAAUGUAAAUUCGCAGCGGAAUAUGUCCCGCGCGCAGUGCAGAAAUGGCGCGACAGCGCGGGGGUGCUGUGUCCUGCCGUUAUGGUUCUCAACGAGAUCAAAUGGAGCCCUACCUUCGUGCGCUUCCUAUUCCUAGAGAAGAACCACGACCUUUUGGCCAUGCAGCUCCGCCGCACGCUGGAGGCCGUCGACGAGAUCGACAAGAUGGACGAAGAGGACCAUGCGAGAGUCAUGAACUUUCUUGCUACCCUCAUCCUCAUUCACGACCGCAAGGGCAUAUCUAACGCCGAUGCUAAUGCGCUUGGUCCAAAACUCUUCCACUGGUCGAUGACCAGAUACUCGCCCGACAUCGAGAAGAACCCUGCAGAGCGUUGCCUCGUUCUGCUGACGAAGCCGGCCGCCAUGGCGAUCUCCUACAUUCCCGAGAUGCGAAAAACCUUUAUGGAGGGAAUCGAGACUUGCACUGGGUCCACAUGCCGCAAGACCGAAGCGGUUGGCGGCGGACCUUUACUAUGCUGCCCAAAAUGCAAGUCGGCCAUGUAUUGCAGCAGCGAACACAUGCAGGCGCAUGCAUCGUCGCACAAAUAUUUCUGCUUCGACGUCGACUAUCUGUAG